AAAAUGUAAUCAUCGCCAUCAUCAUCAUAAUAAUUCAACAAUAAAGAUUCAAAAUCUUCUUCAUCAUCAUCAAAAUCAUAAUAAUCUUAAUUAUUUAAAACAAUACCAUAAUUCCAGAUUAAUGGCAUCAGUAUCGAUUAUAGCAAAUUUAUUAUUCUGGUUAUUUAUAACAACAACAAUAAUUAUUUCAUUUGUAAAUGCAAAUAAUAAUUUAAAUGAUAAUCAAAUUGAUAAACAAUCAUCAUCAUCAAUAAACAUAUCAUCAUCAUCAUUAUUAAUGAAAAAUCGUUUAUUAUUGGCCGAUUCAUUAUUGGCUGAACAAAAUUUAAAUGAUGCUAUUAAAAAAUUAACAAUCGUUUGGGAUUUAGUUCAUAAUAAUGAUAAUAAUAAUAAUAAUAAUUUAAAUUUUAGUAAUAAUAAUUUUAAUAAUCAAUUUUUAAAUUUAUCCAUGAUCUCUUUAUCGUUACAAUCAUCAAAAUUACAACAACAAGAACAAAAAACUGUUAGCCAUAAUAGAUCUCGUAGAUCAACAUUAUCAAAACAAAAUGAUGAUGAUAAUCAAAUGUUAUCGGAUGAUUCAUCCAUAUAUUCUGGAUUAUCAUCAACAGAAAAUAUUACAACAUCCGCAUCAACAAUGAUGAAAAAUAAUAAACAACAAUCAAAAAUAUUACGAUUAAAUCGUAAUUGUACAACAUGUUUAAAUGAUGAACAAACAAGACAAUUACGUAUUGAAUCAAUAAAAUUAAAUAUAUUAAAUAAAUUAAAUAUGGAACGUGCACCAAAUGUUAGUAUACGAUCAUUACCAAAAAUACCACCAAUAAAUUCAAUGUUAAAUCAUUUAUCACAAAUGAUGAAUGAUCAAUCAUCAUCACCAUCAACGUUGAAUGAUUUAAAUGAUUCACCAAAAAUUAUGUCAAAAAUUCUUGAUCUAAAUGAUUAUUUUGGUCCGAUUAAUCAUCAAAAUGAUGAUAAUCAAGAUGAACAAGAAUUUAUUAGUGCAGAAAAAUCCAUUGUUUUUGCUCAACAAAAACCUCCAUUCGACCGUAUCGUUGAUCAAGAAUUACGUUCACAAUAUUUUAAAUUUCCAUCAAAUAUUUAUCAUCAACAUGUACAGAAAGCAUUUUUAUGGAUUUAUUUAAAAGGUUCAUCACAAUUAAAAACAAGUUCAAGAAUUGUUAUCUAUCAGGUUGUACGUAAUAAACAAACACCAUUAUUAAUGAUAAAAUCCAAACGUAUAUCAAACAGUACAACACGUAAAGGUGGUUGGAUACAUUUACGUAUGGAAAAAUUAUUAACAAAAUGGUUUGAAAAUCCGGAUACAAAUUUUGGUAUUGUUAUACAUGCAUUCGAUAAUAAUGGACAACAAUUAAAUGUUAUACAUAGUGAUGAUGUUGAACAAGAUUCACCAUUGAGACCAUUUAUGGAAAUUAGUGUUGAUCGUAAAAAUCCAUUACAAUCAUCAUUACGUCGUAAACGUACAAUUGGUUUAAAUUGUGAAGAUAAAUCAUCUGAAAUAAGAUGUUGUCGUUAUCCAUUAACAGUUGAUUUUGAACAAUUUGGUUGGGAUUGGAUUAUAGCACCAAAACGUUAUCAAGCAAAUUAUUGUAGUGGUGAAUGUCCAUUUGUUUUAAUGAAUCAAUAUCCACAUACACAUUUAAUACAACAAAUUAAUUUGAAUGCAAUUGGUCCUUGUUGUUCACCACGUAAAAUGUCAUCAAUAUCAAUGCUUUAUCUGGAUAGUGAUUUAAAUGUUAUCUAUGGAAUAUUACCAAAUAUGGUUGUUGAACGUUGUGGUUGUUCAUAAAAGAAAACACACAAACCAAAAUCAACAACAACAACAGCGACGAAAACAAAAUCUUCACAAUAUUUCCACUAAUUUCCUAUUAGAUGGCAUUCCAGAAAAAAAAAUUCUUU